AUGGCACCCACAACUCCCACUGCGCCGCAUUUCCCUCGCUUGGAUCCUCCCACGCCGUCUCGCUCUCCCUCUCGGUCCCCUCGGCGCAGAGCUCAAUUCGCCAUUAGAGAGCUCGAUCCUCUCCUAGGAAAUUUGACGCCGGACUCGACCCUGCGAGCGCUGCAGGCGACAGAAACUAUUUCCGGUGGUGCUGCACAGGAAGACGCUUUGACCACCAGCAUUGCGGAUGCAACCCCGGCAGAGCGAGAAAUCGGCAUAAGAGCCGCUUUCGCCGCUCAGAAACUGCGGGAGUGGAAGAAUGAACUGUCACAAUGGACAUGGCCAGGCAAGAAAGAGAGGGGAUUUGGUCUAGGGUUCGUGCCUCCAUCCAAAACAGGCGUCAAGCAUGAGGAGUACCGUGGCUGUUUGCCCGCGUCUGUGGCGGAAGACUACGAGGCUAGAAUAGAGGAGAUUAGGGAUGACCUCGACAGUUUGGGCAUCGACGAGAUCAAAGAUCAUGUGCUCGAAGCUCACCUGCCAGCAACGAGCCCGACAAAUUCCUCCCGCCCCGUGGGCCCUCGUUCAAGCUACGGAAGGAUGCGCGACUUCACUGCCCUGAUCACUGCAACCGUCAUCCAAGCACUCCCAGACCUGGCCAAAGUGAAUAUGUUGCUUGACACCUGGGACGUGCGGUUGAGAGUACUAAGAGAUCUCCCGAGUUUUCUCGACGUUAUGCAGUCCACGCAGGCCGAGAUCCAGCAAGCAUUCAAUGAGAUCAGGACGCCAUUUUCUGCCCAAGCCCUGACUGACUCGUCUUUGGACGACCAGAAAAUGGCACUGGGUGGACGGGUGUCUGACAUGGGGCGUCGCGUUGAUCUGUUUCUCGAUCUGCUUGAAGGGCGCGAGGAUUCUCUCCCACAGGCCUGGAUCGAUGUCCUCGAGAAGAUCGAACUCGAUUAUGCAACUUGGGCGGUCGAGGCAGACCACGUUCCGGAAUUAUCACACCAGAGAAAUACAUUGCCGGAGUCAGCAGGAGAGCCAGACGUUGCUCAGCCGCCUACAACAACUGAUGCUUUACCUGAAGAUACGGUUCCUGAUAUUCCUCCAUCAGACAAGGAGGCGGUCAAAACAAAAUGCAGACCUUCUCUGAAGCUCGAUCUUACCGACCAAAAGGGCCACAAAAGAGAAGCAUCGAAAGUCUCGGUCGCCGAUUCCAUGUACUCGGCGUUCUCAGACAUCUCCAACGCGGAGAUAAUGGACGCCAGAACUACCAGUGUCCUUCCAAGUCCGAAGAUCAGCGUUGUGGAGAAUCCUUUUCCAACAAGCCGGGACGAGAUUGCUUGGUUCGGGUCAUCCUCUGCGGCUCAGCAACAGAUGGCGUUGAAGCCGCCCAUGCUCCAGAGAGCGUCGACCGCCUCCAUAGAGGUCUUCCCGAAAGACAAAUUGAAACAAGUUGUGCUCAGACGGGCUGCCAGUUGGGAUAUUCUUACACAGAUGGCCGAGUCACCUGACAGCACGCCAUCAAAAGCGCUGAAACAAUUGACAGGCGCUCCAGAUUCGACAGAGACUGCUACCCCAGCAGAAGUGGAAGCACAUGAGCCUUCAUCACCGCCCAGUGCAGUUUCAACGGCCCAACUUCCUCUCGUACUACCACCGUCCCUUCAAGUCGGCUCCGAGAGCAUGCACUCAGGGCAAGAACCGCCUCCCCCAGUUUUACCUAGAAGGUCGAGCAAGCGCAGCAGCCCAGUCGACAGCUCUCCAAUGACGCCAGUAGCAAACAAGGGGAUCGAAGAGAGUGUACAAGGAGGGCGUCCCGAAACCCUGACGGCGGAUGUGGGACAAUCCCCGAGGCGACCCAAAACGAGGGAAUCGCUUGACGACAGAAUCCAAGACAUCCUCACGAGCCUACCUACUAGAAUCCGGUUGGCAAAAGAUGCAGAUGCUCAAUCAUCGUCCACUUCGUCAACUCGUGCCUCAACGCCCACUGCUUCGUUGACAUUGUCACCAGCCAAAGCCGACCCGUCAAGCCGCAGAGGCAGCCUCGCUGAUCCUGACAUCAAAUUGUAUCAUUUGACACGGUCUGGACAAGGCCGCGAAGCAACUCCGGUCAAGCUCUUUGUUCGAACCGUCGGAGAUGGGGAUCGUGUCAUGGUUCGAGUUGGUGGGGGAUGGGCGGAUCUGGGAGAAUACUUGCGAGAGUACAGCCUUCACCAUGGAAGCCGGGCAACUGCCGAUGGUCGACUUGAGGUUGCCAGCUUCCCUGGUAACGGGGUCAGAGACUCUGUGCCUUCGGCCAAUGGAGCGUCAGCUUCUCAAGGACGGCGUAAAUCAAGAUCACCCACCGUCGCCCAGACGACGUUCGAGAGUACCCCUUCGGCUGAGCUCGUUAACCCCAAGACUCGGUCAUCAGCCCAGCGACACCGUUCCCCUGAACGUCGCAAGAGCAGGGCUGACGGCACCUGGACACCGCCACCGGUGCCGCCCAUCCCAUCCUCGUAUACCAUCGGUUCUACGACGUUCACUACAUCCACUAACCAUGAUACUGGUACUGUGGCAAGCAUCGUCGACCCUGACGCGACACUGUCAAAGGAUCAAUCUCAACAGCCUCGACAAAAUCCAGGGACUGUGCCCCUUCCAAGGUACUCAACUGUCACUAGCCCAGGCGGUGUAACGACGACAACGGUGGUAACUCCUCCAUCCACAACAACCAAUUAUACUCCUCUUGGUGCUGCGGGGCCCAAAAUGAACGUGCGACGAGCAGCUACGUAUGCGACCACACCAGCCACUAGCAAUGAUGCAUGGGUUCAGGGAAUGGUCGGCAAAGCCCGGGCCGUCAGCGGUGGUGGCAGCUCUACCAGUGUGCAAGGCCCUAAUGGCACCACGACGACAACGACCACCAACACCAGCACAUUCACUUCCACGCCGCCAAGCACGGGCCGUCGGGCCUCGUCGUAUUUCAGUUCCAGCCCGAGCUCCAACGCGAAUUCGAGCCCCGUGACCAUUUCCAGCAGCCCGAGCACGAGUUCCAUUGCCAGUGACGCAAAGGCUUCACGGCGGACGAGUCUCACAGCGCGAUCCAAGAGUGCCCGGAUGAGUCUUGGGGAUAUUGGGGGAAUCAAGAGGGUGUUUCUGAGAAAGAAAUCGGAAGGGGCGAAGUAG